CCUGGCUUCCCCUUCCCAGACUCCCUGGUCUGAUGUGAAUGGACACUUCCUGCGGGGGCAGGUAUCAAUAAACACAUCUGAGAUGCCCUUUGUCCUUGCUGGCCACAGACCCCAGGAGCUGACCUGCUGGCUCCGCCCCCCGUGCCGGGGGUGCUUCCUGGACCUCAGCGCUGGCAGACUCAGUCCGGAUUGGUCCUUGACUCUGUUUCCCUCUGUGCUCUGCAGCUUGAUAAAGACAGAACGGAGGCUUUCCCUGCACCCUCCCCGGACUAUCCUGGGGGACGGGGCCUGGCAGGGAGCUGGAGACCAGUUCCAUGUCUGUUUGGCGCUCCUUCCGAGGGUGAGGUCCUGGCCUUUUGCAGCUAGCCCUGGGCCAGCAAGAGCAGAUCAGGGACUGUUGGGCUGUUUACUUACAACCCCUAGCAGCAGCUGGACAGAGUUCAGCUGUUUGGGUGGGGCCUCCCAGGCCAGACUCAUCAAGCUGGGGCCCCACCUCCAAAGGCUGGGGUGUUGCCUUAGCAACCGUGGGCUAAACUCAUGCCCCGUCAGGGAAAACACACAGGCCUCUCCACACCCCCACACACACCCAUCCCGUGCACACCCACAGGGUUUCACGAGGUGCCUGCUGGGUGGAACGAGGUGAAUCAUGACAACUAACAUCCCAAGACGGAGCCAGACAAGAGCCCCUCUCCCCAGUACUGGAACAGAAGCUUCUACAAGGGGCUGAGCCCACCUUUGGCUGAGGGUCCCCCAGCUGGAAAGCGGCAGGAGCAGGACUAAAUUCUGAGCGGCCAUCGCUUAGGGAACUCUGCACCCUCACGGCCUCUCUGCCCUGGGCCUGGCUCACGGGUAGGACCUCGGUCUCGUGGCAGCCUUCAGGGUCGCCACGCCAUAUUCCCUGUACGUGUGUUCUGAGGGCCAGAACGUCACCCUCACCUGCAGGAUCAUGGGCCCCAUGGCCAAAGGGCACGACGUGACCUACUACAAGACAUGGUACCGCAGCUCGCGGGGCGAAGUGCAGGUCUGCUCGGAGCGCCGGCCCAUCCGCAACCUCACGUUCCAGGACCUUCACCUGCACCACAGCGGCCACCAGGCCAACACCAGCCAGGACCUGGCCCAGCGCUACGGGCUGGAAUCGGUCUCCGACCACCACGGCAACUUCUCCAUCACCAUGCGCAACCUGACCCCCAUGGACAGCGGCCUCUACUGCUGUCUGGUGGUGGAGAUCAGGCACCACCGCUCGGAGCAGAGGGUCCAUGGUGCCAUGGAGCUGCAGGUGCAGACAACAAAGCAGCGUCAGCCCGGUGCAUCGCGUACCCACCUUCACCCAGGGAGAGUGAAAGCAUCACAGCGGCUGCUCUGGCUACAGGCGCCUGCAUCGUUGGCAUCCUCUGCCUUCCCCUCAUCCUGCUCCUGGUCUACAAGCAAAGGCAGGUGGCCUCCAACCGCCGUGCCCAGGAGCUGGUGCGGAUGGACAGCAACAACACACAAGGAGUUGAAAACCCCGGCUUUGAGGUCUCCCUGUCCUCCCAAGGCAUGCCGGAGGCCAAACCGAGGUCUCCGCUGUCCUACAUGGCUCAGCGGCAGCCUUCAGAGUCCGGGCGGCACCUGCUUUCUGAGCCCUGCACUCCUCUGUCUCCACCAGGCCCUGGCGAUGUCUUCUUCCCAACCCUCGACCCCGUGCCUGACUCUCCAAACUCUGAGGCCAUCUAGACCAGCUGGGGCCAGCGGGCAACUGUGGCGGGGCCUGGGGCAGGUGCUUUGGAGGCAGAGCUGGCCCUCUGAGUGGCCCCUUAGCCGUGGCCCUGGCCCUGGUUUCCUCCCUCCUGCUCUGAGCCCAGACUCUUUGAGAUACCUCUGGUGGCCAGACCCUCAGCUCCUCUGGGUGCUACAUGGCAGAAGGGAGAAGGGGCUGGAUUGCCCAGCCCCUGUCUCAAGGAUGGUGGGGUGCUGGGAUCCCGCCCCAGAGACCUGAACUUCACCAGCUACAAAUGCCAAAUGGUCUACAUCCUAGAAGCUCAAGAGUUUCCAGCCUAUGGCAGCUUCUCUCCCUGGGACAUGAGCUUUGUGACCAAACAGCCCAGAUGGGACAAGAUGGGCACUGGACAGAACUCCUCUCCCCCCCGCCCCCUGUCCCCAUCCAGUGCCAUCCUCCCAGGCAUGAGACACAGGAAAAGAUGUGGAAAGACUCUCCCUCGGUGCGGCAGAGCCAGCGCCCUGAUCUCGCCUGAGGCUGCUCAUCGGUCCGACUCCCUCUCCGUGACCAUGGAGCUCUGGGGCUGGUCCUGCCUGCCUGCCCCUGGGGCCAUGGGAGCCUCUCCCAGCUGUUUGCUACCAGCAACCUCUCCCAGUAGCUGUCCACCGGUUAAGCAAAUCUGGGCUCCCACUGCCUGCCCUCUGGGCCCCAGAGUUCACUGGCCAGGGUCCCCGAAACAGGAAGUGCACCCUGGGGCACAGUGGCCACUGUGGGCCAGCUGGCAUCUUGGGCAAUGGGGGCCAGGCAGAGGUUGCACUACCUGCUGCAGAGGGCAGUGAGGGAGGGCAGGUGGAGCCUGCUGGGAAGGUGAGUGGAGAGGCUCCACUCCCACCCUCCCCCCUCCACACGCAGCGUGCUCAGGACAGAGGGUGACCACAUACUGUAUUGCCCCAACUGUGACCCUCCCUCCAGUGGAAAGAGGAGGUGCUAUUAAACUCCAUGGGCAACAAGUGCAAACCCUGGGAAUGGACUGUAGGAGCUGGGUUUUAAUCCCUGCUCUGCUUCCAGGGGUGCCUGAGGCCCAGGGAAGCCCCCAUCUCCUCCUCCCCCCCGCCCCCCUGCCCCGUCUUUGGUCUUCCAUUCCAUUUAAUCUGUGUCAAGUCUUUACAGCAGAGUGACCCUGUCGGUGGGCGUGUACAUAGAAGGGUCUGUGGCCUUCUGCUCUAGACCCUCUGCUCCAACUCCUGCUUCGGGGCAUGUCCCGGAUUUGUUUUUAUACACCAUAUGCAAGGGAAUCCUUUGUGGAAUUUUGAUUAAAGGGUUUUAAAAACACA